AUAUUCAUUUCAUUUUUGACAAUUAAUGAUUGGCAUUUACCAGAGAUAACAAUUAUUUCUGGCUUUUAUUAUUAAAGUGGGUUAAUUAUUUUCAUCCUCUUCAAGUAUAAUACUGAAAGAACGGACUGAACGAAGUAAAGGAACUAUGAGCGACUUAUCAAAAGAUAUUGAGACUCUCAGAUUAUGGCGUGAAAACAACGAGAGAAAAAGUAGCGAAGUAAUAGACAAAUGGAAUGAAGUUAUAGAGAAGAACAUUGAUAAAUUGGGGAAAGAAACCCAUAUUAUACUUGAACAAGUAUGUUUAGCGGCAUUAGACUACUUCGAUGUAGCCGUAGCACAGAAAUGUAUUGGAAGAUUAUAUAAGGAAUUUCCUGAUAGUUUACGGGUAAAAAAACUAGAAGCUAUGUGCUAUGAAGCCAACGAAAACUAUGAUAAGGCUUUAAAAAUACUGAAUGAUAUCAUCAAGGCUGACCCUACAAACAGUGCCGCCCGUAAACGAAAAGUUGCGGUUUUCAAAGCACAAAACAAGAUACCUGAAGCGAUAAAAGAGCUUGUUGAUUAUUUGAAAAUAUAUAUGGUAGAUGCUGAAGCUUGGCAAGAAUUAGGUGAGUUGUAUCUGAAUGAAAACGAUUACAACAAAGCCGCAUUCUGUAUCGAGGAACUCAUUUUGCAUAAUCCACACAACCAUCUUCUGCACCAAAGAUUGGCCGAUAUAAGAUAUACACAGGGUGGUUUUGAAAAUUUGGAAUUAGCUAGAGCCUACUAUUGUCAAGCUGUCAAAUUAAACCCUAAAAAUUUGAGGGCUCUGCUCGGCCUGCAAAUGGUGGUCUCCAACUUGGCUUACGCCCCCAGAAGUACUCCACAAAAAAAGAAAGAAAACAAUCAGUUGUCGCAGUGGGCUAUGGAGGAAAUUAGGAAAAUCUACAAAGAUGAAGGGACUGUUGAUUUUGUGGAAGAAAGAUUGGCCGCUCUCCAAUUAUGAAAUCGAAGAAGAUAAAUAUUUAUUUGUUGUUUGACGUUUUUCCGGAGAGUAUUUGCAUUUAUGAGGGUGUUAGUGUUGCAACAAUGAUGGAUGUCCUUUUAUGUUAUACACCAAAUAAAAUGUUUUAUGUUGUUUCAGUUUUGAAUGAUUAAGUGUAUAAAUAGGUGAAAAGAGAAUUUUCAAAACUGUG